CUGGACUCCUUCAAGUUAAACGGACUGAGAAGAGCCAAAACUGCUGGAGAACAACAUUUGCUGAAAACACCACUUUAAAAACAUUUUUCACAGUACUCUUUAAUCAAAACACUGAACAAAGAUCUACAAUAGUGACAUUUUGGCCUGCUAGAGAAAACUCUCCUCCCUCUCAAUGGACACCUCAUUCUGUUUCCCCAAUUUUAAACCUAUCAUGGAAAACAUACUGUUUGUGAAGCAAGAACUGAAAGAAAAGAACAUUACAGACAACACCCUUCUCUCCAACUUGGACUUUGCUGAAAGAUUCUUUAGAGACCAUCCUCUAAAAGGGUCCUCAAAAUUGAUGGUUAAAGGAGAUUACUCUUGUGUACAAAUUGGUGGAAAUUAUAGUUAUGUUUUUACUAUAACAUUAGAAAACAACCAAACCUACGUCAGUCUCUCUGUCCAUGACGGAUAUGCAAAACAAAUCUCAUCGUAUAACAAUGAGCCUGAUUACUUUUUCAACCACUCCUGCCAGGAUGAGAUUAAAUCCUGUUUUACACAGGCUCAAGAAGCUAUUGCUAAAGAGAGUCUGACAAGACUACACAUUAAAUGCAACAGGUUCUCAGUCAUAUUCACCACAGAUUAUAGGACGCUAUGUGCAACUGUGGAAACUAAAUGUCAGUUAAAGCUAGAGAACAUCACUGCUGAGGGUUUACUGAACAAAAAAGUCUGGUUGCAGAAAGAGAAGCCAACAUGUCAUGGUUUGAUAGCAUGUCUAGACCAUCUCAUAAAGCAAUACCUUACCACAGCUGAUGCUCCAAAGAGCAACUGUAGGUUCAUCAUACAUGCAGACAACGAGGUAAUGAGAAUCACUACAGGUCAACAAGAUGAAAAAGAGUAUUUUUUGCUACAUGAUGGUAAAGAGUUGUCAAUGUAUCCACCAACAUGGCAAUAAAAUCUAUGACGGCACUCCGGAAUGCUGCAACAUAUUCUGUUGAAAUAUCUCAAAUGCAUGGGCUCUAUGCACUGGACUGACUUGAGUCUGUCUGUUACAGUAUUGGGCAGAGGGUACUUUCAUCAAUGUAGAGUUUAACACUGAAUGUCAUCAAAACUUGAAAUAAAAAUAUAUAACAAUUAUAUAUAUUAAUUAUAGCCACAUUAUCUGCAUAUAUUCAUGACUACAUUCUAAGAUGAAUAAAACUCUCAAAUAUUAUAUCAGUGUUGUGUAUAUGUGUAUCUUACUUCUUUUUAUUUGUAGCAAGCAAAUAGACCUACAUUUGUAUGAUAUCUUACUUGUGUGCACAGGCAAAAAUUAUUGUAGUAUUCUGUUAUUCUGU